ACUGAAACUAUACACGCACUAAAUGACGAUUGUUUGUCAACUUGGACCUAAAGACAGUGGUUCAUGAUGGAUAAUAUUAAUGAUAAUUUCACACUAAGUGAUGUCAUCAAUGGCCCACUGCUAGCUGCUGCGUUUGCUACAGAGAUGAUUGGAGGACUCAUAACUAACUCAUUAGUACUGAUACUCACUGCAUCUCAUCUAAAGACUUGGAAGCAACCAACAACCAUCUUUCUCUCUAACAUGCUCCUCAAUAACCUGGUCAUUGGGAUCUGUAUCAUUCCUUUUGCUAUCAUAACAGCUGCUGUGGGUGAGUGGAUAUUUGGAAGGACAGAGAAGGAGAAAGAAACCGUCUGUCAAGUCGUUGGGUGCAUAUUCACAUUCACUAUCCUUACAGCAACAGAGAGCCUAGUACUACUCUCCUUUGAUAGAUUCUUUUUCAUCACAAAAUCAUUUCAAUACAAUAAGUACAUGACUGUCAAUAAAGCACUAGUAAUAGUGUCUCUCUCAUGGGCACUGGCUGUCUUUUUAAGCAUAUUACCAUUUCUUGGAUUUGGAGUCCAUGAGUUUUUGUCCGGUGUUGGCCUGUGUGUCGCUGGAUGGAAUGGUCAAACUGCAUAUGCCAUAGUCUCUUUCUUAGUCCUCUGUAUAUUCAUUGGUAGCAUCAUAGUCACAUCAAUAUGGACUCUGUGCUUUACAAGGAAGCAUAUCAAAAAAACUGCAAUACGAACGUCAAUUGGUGCAGAAAGAAGCAAUCAUACACAAGAGAGAAAAGUGAUUGGUGUAUUUGGAAUGUUAAUAAUAGUACAUUUACUGUGCUAUGCUCCUAUUAUCUCUUUUGGAUUGGUUGAAUCAUUUAUUAAUGUUUUGACACCAACAGCUUAUGCAGUGGCUGUCUUUAUUCUCUUUUUGUUGAUCACUCUCAUUCCACUGGUCCAGUCAUUCUUUAGGAGUGACAUAAGGACUGCUAUUGUUAAAGGGUCUAUGACUGUUAUUGCUUUUACUAAGAGGUGCAGGACGACUCCUCAUCAAAUUUCGACUGUUGAAAUGAUAAGACCUUCAACUCCAAUAACAUCAUCUUCCUCAAUUUGAAUUCUCAUCAUGCACACAAAACUGCUAAUAGUAAUAGUAAUUUAAACUUGUGUUUGUAGAAUUUACCAUUUUAAUAAUUUUUCCUAAUGCAUAA